UCUGCAGCACCGCAAGAGACCGAUCAGCUGUCACACCGUUGAGUUACAGUCCUGCCAUUGAUGUCAAAGAUAGGAGCUUGAGAGAAACGCGAUUAGAAAGAUCUUCCUCCAUGUUCGCAGUGACUCCCUCCAGCCCCAGCAGGUUCACGGCGCCGGGUCUGGUCCAGUUCCAGCUCGGCCUGUUCAGGGAGGUGGUUCGAGUCCCUGCUGGCAACCGCAGCUAUCGCCAUGCCAAGAGGCUGGCUGCUGAGAUCAUAGAGCGCAAGGCUCCAGACUGCAGCGUGGUCGGUGUCGGGGAGAAGAUUCUGCUGUUCAGACAUCAGUCGGCCUCAGAGCAGCUGCUGCAACGUCUGACGGAACAGGACGAGCUGCAGGAUGGAGACUUCAUCGAGGUCAUCAUCGCAGGAUCAGCGUCAGUGACUGAGAUGAGGAUCCGUCCACACACCCUGGUGGUCCAAUCGUACCGGACCCCCACUUUCUGCCACCACUGUGGGGAAAUGCUGUGGGGCCUCGUUCGGCAGGGACUGAAAUGUGACGGUUGUGGAUUGGACUUUCAUAAACGUUGUGCCUUCCUGUUGCCCAACGACUGCAGCCGAGCGCGGCGUCAGGUCAGCACGAGCCUCUCCUUGUUCCCCCCCCGACGACCCCGCACGCACUCCCUGUCCAACCAGGCAGGAGGCAGCCUGGAAGAGAUCAGCAUGACCAAGCCCUCGUCCAGGCCCGUGUCGUGGGCAGAGCCCCCGGUCUGGCUGGGAAUCGGCUACAGCGACACGAGCAGGGCUCAGGUCCCUCACAUCUUCCACAUCCACAGCUACACCAAACCCACCGUGUGCCAGUACUGCCACCGGCUGCUCAAAGGGCUCUUCAGACAGGGGCUGCAGUGCACAGACUGCAGGUUUAACUGCCAUCAGCGCUGUGAGCUGCUGGUCCCCAGAGACUGUCCAGGAGAGAGGAGAGGCCUCAACGGGGAAGAAUCCACAGCAGCGGGUCACAGCUGCCCACCGGACCCAGAGGACAAUGAUUCAGAGCUCGCCAGCACGACAACAACACCAGAAAUGUCCGACGACGAGAUGUCCACGGACGGAGAAUGGACGACUGAGACAAAGGAAGACGAGCAACCACGAGAGCCCAUGAGUCCGUGUUUCAGCAGCUACAUCCCUCUGAUGAGGCUCGUCCAGUCGGUGCAUCACUCCAAGAAGAGAGCGGGAGGAGUCCUGAGAGAGGGAUGGCUGCUGCAUCACACCAACACUGACACACUGAGGAAACGUCAUUACUGGAUCUUGGACUGGAAGAGCAUCACUCUGUACCAGAACGAGAGCAGCACCAAGUACUACAAGGAGAUCGCUCUGUCCGAGGUGCUGCAGGUCCGAGGCCCCGCCCAGCUCGCCGUGCCCUCGCUGCCGGGAAACAGCGCCCACACCUUGGAGGUGGUCACGGCCUCGCUGGUGUACUGCGUGUUGGCCGGAGAGAGCGGGCCGUCCUGGGAGAGGGCCGUCCGCCAGGCUCUGAUGCCCGUGCAGAGCAGCGGGGGAGGAUGCGGCGAGGAGAGACCGGAUAAAGAUUUAUGCAGUGACGGCGUGGACAUCAGCUCGGUGUAUCAGAUCUCCACAGACGAGGUGCUGGGCUCAGGACAGUUUGGCGUGGUGUACAAAGGUACUCACAGGAAGUCGGGUCGUCCAGUCGCCAUCAAAGUCAUCGACAAGACGCGCUUCCCCAACAAACUAGAGAGACAGCUGAGGAACGAAGUGGCCAUCUUGCAGAAUCUGUCCCACUUCGGUGUGGUUCUGUUGGAGGGGAUGUUUGAGACGGUGGAGUACGUCUUCGUCGUGAUGGAGGAGCUCCACGGAGACAUGCUGGAGAUGAUCCUGUCCAGUGAGCUAGGCCGACUCCCUGAACGCAACACCCGCUUCCUGGUGGCUCAGAUCCUCGAGGCUCUGCGGUAUCUGCACUUCAAACACAUCGCUCACUGUGACCUGAAACCUGAGAACGUGCUGCUGGUCUCUGCGCACCCUUUUCCUCAGGUGAAGCUGUGCGACUUCGGCUUCGCCCGCAUCAUCGGCGAGAAGUCCUUCCGUCGCUCGGUCGUGGGCACGCCGGCCUACCUGGCGCCCGAGGUGAUCAGCAACAGCGGCUACAACCGCUCCCUGGACAUGUGGUCCGUGGGCGUCAUCAUGUACGUGAGCCUGAGCGGCACGUUCCCCUUCAACGAGGACGAGGACAUCCGACAGCAGAUCACCAACGCCGCCUUCAUGUACCCGAGACAACCGUGGUCCUCCAUCUCUCUGGAGGCUGUGAGUCUCAUCAAUAACCUGCUGCAGGUGUUGGUCAGACGGAGGUUCAGCGUGGGCAAAACCCUGGGACACCCCUGGCUGCAGGAAUUCCAGCUGUGGUGUGACCUCAGGGAGUUCGAGCAGAGGAGGGGCUGCAUGUAUCUGACGCACUGCGGGGACGAGGAGCGCUGGAUCCGCUACGCCCAGGACAGAGGCCUGGAGUUCCCACCACACCUCUGCUGGGACCCUAACCUCGACCCGGAGGGUUAAAAGGUUGGGACGGUUUUGUUGUUACUCAUGUUUAUUACACAUUUAUAACAAUUCCUACUUCUAUUCUAUACAAAAAAACAACACGACUUCUGUUUAGUAAUAUACUUUUCCUUUUUUAUUCCAAGUUGAGGUUUUAUUAAAUAGAACUGUGUGGAAGUGAUUUUUUUUGUGGCGUCUGUGAUGAUGGACAGAAUGAGAAAAUGGAGCACAUGAAAUUAAAAUAUCGUACAUAACGGAGGAGUCGACUCGCACUGAUCCUCAUGGCCGACCUGACAAUGGGACCAAAACCCUAUUUGCUUCGUCGCUGACAUAGGCCUGCUGUGGUCCCACGUACAGUAUCGAUUCUUCUUAUUUUGUCCACAACUUUCCUGAUGCCCUUUGUUGUCUCUCGCUGCUCGACACCUCUCUUCGUCUGUGUCGUUAAACUGAGCUGGAAUACGUUCUAGAGAGGUGUGUGGGAUCGGUCUGUCUUCCUUCUUACGUCGCCAUCCAGCCAUGGCCCUGUCUAUUUACCCACAGUGCUUUGCUCUCUCUCACUUUCUCUCUGCAUUUUAAUGUUAAGGUGCUCGCAUUCACCCUCCGCUUGUUCCUGAGCUUAAGGCUUUAAGAUCUGCAGGUUUCACAGUGCUGUAGUAUUUCUUUGUAAGAGUGGGUAUCUUUAUUGUUAGGCUGGCUUUGUGACAUCAUAGCACCUGACCUGCUUUAACAGGCUCCUAAGGAUACGCUUUGUGUGUGAUUAAGGAAGAGUCAGAGACUCACAAAGACAGUGUUCCUAACCUUCAACAUAGCAUGCAUCUGCACAAUUACACAACCAAACCAACUGACCAACCAGCGUUUUUUUAAAUCACGUUUUCUUCUUUAAUUACCCUUCUACAAAAAAUAUGUCAUCUGUGAGAGAGAGGGGGGGAGAGCAGGAGGCUUAGCUCAAAAUAACUUAUUUUUCUAACGGACUCAGUACCUCCGUCUGCUUCUCCUAGAGGCAGGUGUGAUAUAUGUAUGCUGCUUACAUAAUUCAGUGCAAAACCUGCCACGUCCCUGGUUUUUAAAGGCAUUCUAACAGAAAUGAGGGACAAGCUGGCCGGUCCAAACAGCUUGAUUUGAGCAAAGCCUUCUACUCUCAUCCUCUCUGGACAGUGUAUUUUGGGGCGUGGGGAGGGGGAGGGGGAGUGAGUGAAGGGA